AUGGCUCACGGCGGUGCCUGGACAGACGAACACCAGCUGUACCUGGUGGUGAUGAAACUCGCCACCAGGUACAGCUGGAGGGCGAUCGCCGCCCUAUUCCAAGUGCGAUUUAAUAGCGCAGCAACAUCGAAAGACUGCGAGAGCAAGUUUAACAAGGACCUCAAGAAAACCAAAAUGUUUAAGGUUUUGAACAAUUUUUUCGCCAAUGGGGAGGUCCCCGAGGAGGGGAAGGAUGAGGAGAGGCGCUUCCUCGCUAUCGGACUGCUGCUCCUGGGCGAAACAGCCGAGGAGAUGCGCCGCCGCUAA